AUGGAGCUUUUAUGGGAAAACGGUCAUCUUCAAAACCAAAGACUCAACAACAACACCAAGAAACCUUCUUCUUCUUCUACUGUGAAGCUUCUCGCCGGAGAAGAAGGAGUUGUUACUCCGGCGACAUCUUCACUGCAUCAUCAUGAGCAACAACAGUUAGUAGUAGAUCAGAAUCUCUUUAUUCAAGAAGACGAAAUGACUUCAUGGCUUCAUUAUCCUCUUCGAGACGAUGAUUUCAGCUCAGAUCUUCUCUUCUCCGCCUCCGCACCAACGACGACGACCGUGAGUCAAGUCACCGCCGCGAGACCACCGUCUGUACCUUCUUCUUCGUCGGUGAGACCGCCGGUACGGAAUUUCAUGAAUUUCUCGAGGAUUAGAGGGGAUUUUACCGGAGGUCAAUCUGGACCGUCGAUUUCGAAGGCGAUUGUGAGAGAAUCGACUCAGGUAAAACCUAGCGCCACACCGUCGUCGGCGGCGGCGAACGAAUCCGGUCUUACACGGCGAACGGAUGUGACGGUUAAUUGCGGAUCUAGCUCCGUCGUAGCUGGAGAUGGCGGGAAUACGCUCGGAGUUAAUCGGAAGGGAAAAGCAGUGGCGGCUCCGGCGGGUGAGAUUCACGUUACAUCUUCUUCUGUAAUGUCGAAGAGCGGAAUCGAGCCGGUGAAUGUACAACCGGAGACGGAGAAGACGAUCGUCGAUGAUAGGAAACGAAAGGAGAGAGAAGCCACCAUUGACGAGACUGAGUCCCCCAGCGAGGAAACUGAGCAAAGAAGAGGAACAACAUGUACAAAGAGAUCUCGAGCUGCAGAAGUUCAUAAUCUCUCUGAAAGGAAACGAAGAGAUAGGAUAAAUGAGAGGAUGAAAGCUCUGCAAGAACUCAUUCCUCGCUGCAACAAGUCAGAUAAAGCUUCGAUGCUUGAUGAAGCUAUCGAAUACAUGAAAUCUCUACAGCUUCAAAUACAGAUGAUGUCAAUGGGAUGCGGUAUGAUGCCGAUGAUGUAUACGGGUAUGCAACAGUACAUGCCUCACAUGGCAAUGGGAAUGGGUAUGAACCAGCCUCUUCCUCCUCCUUCGUUCAUGCCAUUCCCCAAUAUGUUAGCUCCUCAAAGACCUUUGCCUACGCAGACUCAUAUGGGAGGCGGCGGCUACCCUGCUCAUGCUUCUGACCCGUCAAGAGUCUAUCUACCGAACCAGCAGUCUGAUCCAACGUCGAACCUGCAGCCUCAGUAUCCGGCUUACAUGGAUCCGUAUCAGCAGUUCCGUAAUCUCCACCCGACCCAACCACCGCAGUUUCAGAAUCAAGCAACAUCGUAUCCAAGUUCGAGCAGGGUAAGUAGUAGCAAGGAAUCCGAGGAUCAGGGAAACAACACAACGGGUUAA